CACAGAAUUAGCUGGCGAGGAGGAGACACAUCACCACUUAAUGAAGGAAGGAAGGAAGGUGGCGGCGGUGCAAGAUGGACCCUCAAGGUUGACUAAAGAAGGCCAACAUGGGGUCUUUUUGGAAAAAGAUGAGCCAAGCGGCCGAGGGAAGGAUGGGGUUGAGCAAAGCUCGCCGCAAAUGUCUGCAGGAAGGAACUGCCAAUAACAUCCCGGAGAAGACCGGCGGUGAAAUUCAGACUUCGGCCAACAGAGAGUGGGAUAACAUCGCGACCACCACCGACACUUGCAGGCGGCCUACAUUCCACCAGCAACAUCACGACAGCAACACCUCAGCGUGGCCCUGCAAGGACAGCAGCGUUGCGGUCGUGCUGCCACAGAAACCGGACAAGCAGAAAGUAACUCCCCAGGAGGAAAAAGUGGAAGUCAUCAAAGUGUACCUGGAUAAUCGCCCCGAGACAACAGAGAGCGUCAGGAUGCUGACAGACGAGGUGUCGCAGAUCCAGGAGGUGAGGUACUGUCUGAAGACGCUGAGAGAGCAGAUGGCAGCCAGACAGAACAGUAACAUGAAAAAGCAACCCUCCAACGGCUACAGAGUGAACGUCCCCAACAACCAAGCAGCUGUCACCAACGGCAACAACAUUUACAACGACACGCACGAUGCUGACGCGCUGGAUGACAGUGAGGUGCAGAGUCUGCGGGAGGAAACCAGGCGGCUGUACGUGCAAAUGAAGGACAUGGAGAGGCGGCACCGAGAGGAGAGAGAGAGGCUGCAGACGGACUCUGAAGACCAGCGCGUCCGUCUGGCGGCGCAGUCCGAGCGCCUUCAGAAGGCGGAGGAAAAGUCAGAGGAGCGAGGCCAGCAGGUGGAGGAGCUGCAGAGGCUGCUGGGCAACAUGGAAGCGGAGAGCGGCGUCCUGCGGGAGAAGAUGGCGGCCGGCGAGGCCGAGCUGCUGCGGCUUAAAGCAGACAAGGGAGAAGAAGGAGGCGAGAAGGAGCAGAGGUGUAACAAGCUGCAGAAGGAGGUGGCCGUGCUGAAGGAGAAGAUCCAUCACCUGGACGACAUGUUGAAGAGUCAACAGAGGAAAGUGCGACACAUGAUUGAACAGCUGCAGAACUCCCGCACUGUUCUCCAGGAGAGAGAGCGAUUCAUCAAGGAUCUGGAGGAAAAGGUGGCCUUUCUGGAAGCUGAGAACAGAGAAAUGCAUGACCACAUGGACUACUUCCUGUCGGGCCAGAAACCUCCGCCUCUCAAAUGCGCCGAGAACAAGCCAGUGAUCGUUUACAGUAAACCUCUGACGCCGUCCACACACAGCAACAAGUCCCUCCCCUUCAUCAAAGUCAUCGAGAUCAAGUCGUAAACGGCGAAGAUGAGGACCAUGACUCAAAAAUGUGUAAAUGUACGUACGAUCAAUACAUAGAACUAGUUGGAGAAACGAUUUUUUCUACAAGACUGGAAUCCAAACGAUUCAAAGGUCAACCUCCGCAGUGCUUUGCAUAUCAUUGCUGACAGAGGCCAUUCAAUUGCCCUUAACUUUAAAUAACCAUCUAUACAAUCAUUAUCAUGCUUACACUUUUUUAAAUAUUUUUUUAAGCAGGAAAAUAUUUAUUUAGGCACUUGGUUACGACUUCUAAAUAGUGUAUCAAGUUUCUGCUAUGCAUAUUUAAUGAGCGCGUUUUUGACACCAUCAAUAGUGUAAGAGUGUAGUCAUAUUUAAUGUAAACUUUGUAGAUAUUGCAGUUCAGUGAGUCUGAUUACUUGUAUUGUGUCAAAUGAAUGACUAAAUAAAUAAAGUGUAUUUCAAAAACC